CCCUACAUGAAGCAUGCCUUGUUACGCGCUUCGCGGAAAUGCGCCCUCCAUUACGCGACACUCGCUCCUUGCAACGGUACAUCUCGUCACAUCCGCCAUGCGCGCUGCCGGGUAGCCCACUUUAGCGAGGAGGGGCAUCCGAUGACAACCCCGGCAUUGUUUCCAGGGGAGACUGAGGAGAGCCGCCAUAGGCGUCGAGACACGACACCGAGCAACGAUGGUCGCCAGGGGGCUCUGGGUAUGUAUGCCCCGGUUUGGCAAACGAGGGGGGCGCUCUGGUUUUUUGUCGGUCUUUUGUGCUGCGACCAUGAGCGCCGCUUUCCUCGCUUUUAUCAUCAUAGACGUCAUCGAGUCUUGGAUCACGUCCAUGGGUAUGAACACAAUGCUGGAGCCGAAUGCCGGCAUCUCACCCCUGCAGAGCGCCCCUCCCACCAGAGCAGAGGAGUUCCUGCUCAUGCCCAGUCCUCUGGUCUGCCAGCGCGCCAAGCCAUACCUCAUCACCAUGGUAACCUCCGCCCCUGCGAACCAGAGGGCACGCCAAGCCAUAAGGGACACAUGGGGCGGGGAGACCAAUGUGGGGGGCCUGAGAGUCAUGACCUUCUUCAUGCUUGGUGUAACAUCUGACCCAGGACUGGCCAAGCUGCUAAUAGAGGAGGCCAGGGAGCGAGGAGACCUGGUUCAGGGGCGAUUCAAGGACACCUACUCCAAUCUGACCCUGAAGACCGUAUCCAUGUUGAGCUGGGUCCGCCGCUUUUGCGCCCAAGCUCAUUUUCUGGCCAAAGUGGACGACGACGUCCUGUUCAAUCCCAGCGCGCUGCUGCGCCUCCUGAGCAAGAGCCACAGCCCCUACCAACAAGUGGACUUGUACCUCGGUAGGGCGCAUCUCCACGUGGCUCCGAACCGCAACCCGUCCAGCAAGCAUUACCUCCCUAAAGGGGCAUACCCGCACUCAGUUUUUCCAGACUAUUGCAGCGGGACGGCCUAUGUCCUCUCCCGCUCUGCAUUGCUCAAAAUAUCAUUGGCUGCCACCGCGUCACCUCUGACGACACCUCUUCCCCCUGAAGAUGCGUUUGUGGGUCUCUGUGCCCGUGCAGCAGGGAUACUGCCCACACACUGCCCACUCUUCUCUGGUGGUCCCAGCGUGCCCUAUGGACGUUGCUGUUAUCAGGCCAUGGUUUCUGUGCACCACGUCCCUCCCAGAGAUAUGCUGCACUUCUGGGCUGACAGCCACUCUUCACCGCCAUGCUCUUGGCUGAGCAUGCGAGCGUCACUGUGCCUGUGCAAAGUCAGGGCCCUGCUGGGCUCGGCUCUCGGUCUUGCGUGAGUUUGACUCACUACCAGAGUACUAACAGAACACACUAUUCAGAAGGUGAAAAGGAUGUCUAUUUUUUUUAAGAAAAAAGCUUUUACUCACACACGUCACUUUGUAGAAAAGGAACACACUACUGGAAGCUUGGAAAUGCAAUUCCAGCAUCCUUCACCAUUGCGCCGGCACCCAAUAUUUCUGCAUGUUUUAAUCCAAGCAGCCAUUGAAAUGUGAAUACUUAUGACUGGAUAGCAAUGAUUACCUUGUAGUAUCUUGACAUUCUAACAAGUGCAGGGGUCAUCGACCUGUAAAUCCUUGGGACCUUACUGGUAGAUCCUGAAAAUAUUAGGAAAAAUAAAUGCAUUAUGACAUCAGUUUUCCCCUCCAGGAGAGUGAGUAACAGACCUACCAGCAGGCAUGCAUUUUAACCCCGGAACACGCCAACCCUGAGCACAUACUUGUUGACCUAUUGUGGAUACAAAAUGUAGCACUGACGUGGAGAGGCACUGAUUAAUUUAAUUUUAAAAAAGGGUCCGUUUUUAUUGUCAGAAUAUCAUACAAUAUAUAUAUGUUUUUAUUUUUAUGUUUUACUUCAAUGCAUGUAAUUUAUUUACCCAAAAUGUGGAAAUAGUUUUAUCUAUAGUCGCAUCUGGGUGUAUUUUGUAGUAGUCUUUGCACUGACAUAUGUAUUGAUCUGAUCACUGACUGUAUGGCCAUCCGCAGUUAAGGUAAAGGCAAGUACAAUCUAAACAAAUUGCUUGAUUUAUCUGCAAAUAUACAUGAUUAUUGCAAUCAUUUUGUGUGCAUAAUCACAAGUUGAAAUGUUAAUUUUGACAAGUUCUAUUACAUGCAUACAUACGGUAUGUUAGGGGACCACUGAACUAGAGCGAAAAUUUGUGCAACUUUCGACAAAUGACAAGUACAGGAAAAUACAAUUGAUAUAUCACAUAAUAGUUGCACCAGCAAAAUUCAAAAGCACACAAUAUUAAGAUAUUUGGCUUAGUAUGCUGCACAAUAUAAUUAUGACUACAUUAUUUACACCCCUGUAGGCUGCAUGCCUUCACAUUUGUAACGCAUGUACUAUAACAGUAUUCUUUUAAAGCACUUGUAGUCAAUGAGUUUUUCAAUAACUAUGUUUCUUGGAAAAACAACAUGUGUACAUACAGUACAUGUAUCUACUGUGAUUAAAUGUUUUGAGUGCAAGUUGUAUUAAUUACAAGAAAAUAUUGUACUUUUCAUCAAAUGGAAAGUUCAGAGCAAAUCUGUCACUUCAGAGGCAGUAAUAUAACCUUAAAAGGUAUGCAUCAACACUUUACCCUAUUGUGUUCAUAAUGUGUUUUAUGGCAAGAAUAAACUGAAGGUCAGCAUUGUGUUGACGCAAGAUUAACAAAUGUAAUUUAACCUCAGCUGCUUUGCUACAUAACAAAUAGAGCAGAGCAGUGUGUUUGGACUCAGGAAACAUGGAAUGCCAUCAGUCAAUAAAAGUUUUAGCUUUUCUUGUUUCCCUGCUUUGCUUCAACAUGCACACGUUUUAAUGAUGACUCAAGUUCUCAAAAUAGACCGUGUAAUAAUUAAACACAACCAACGAAUGUCAGGGAACAGGCCUGACAAAGUCCUCAUAAGAUAACAAAAAGUGUGGCUGGUCUUUGACUUCCUUAUUUCACAACACAUUUAUUUUUGCAUGCUUGGUGGUUAGUGUGUCUGCCUCACAAUACGAAGGUCCUGGGUUUAUCCUGCGCUCAGGAUCUUUUUGUUUGGAGUUUGCAUGUCCUCCCCGUGACUCCAUGGAUUCCCUCCGGGUAUUCUGGCUUCCUCCCACUUCCAAAGACAUGCACCUGGGGAUGGGUUGAUUGGCAAUACGAAAUUGGCCCUAGUGUGUUAAUGUGAUUGUGAAUGUUGUCUAUCUGUGUUGGCCCUGUGAUGAGGUGAAGACUUAUCCAGGGUGUACACUGCCUUCUGCACGAUUGUAGAUGAAAUAAGCUCCAGCGCCCCCUGCAACUCCGAAGGGAAUAAGCGGUAGAAAUGGAUGGAUGGGUAUAUACUGUACUUCAAUAAUUUAUAACAAGUGCUUCUAAGCUUGUUAGAAAGAACUGCAACUACAAUAACAAUCACCUUGACAGAUGCAUGAAACUUUAAAAUAUUGCGACUUUGUACUGGCAGAAUGUUAUUUCAAUUCCAUUGUGGGUUCAUAAACAGAGUUUAAUAGGCAAUGAUCUGACAUAACAAAUAAUGGUCAUUUCAAGUAAUUGGUUUUACUGUAUAACUUUAACUGUCAAACUCUCUAUUAGAUGUUAAAUUAUUAGCCAUUGUUAAACACGUCUGUACACUGCCUUGCAGCAAUCUGACUACAACUUUGCAAGCCAAACCUAUUUAUUUUUUCCCUGUAUCCAAGAGUUUUGACAUUGUGUUGAUUUGAUCUUAUCUGACCCAUAAAGUCAGUUUGCCUAUAAAAACAGUCAUGGUUAAAAGCAUGUGCUAGUUGACAGCUGCCUGUGCGGACAGGAAGUGCUUUAGGCAAAAGUUGCCCCAACAUAGCACUCAACAUUGAUUACAGAUGAACACCACUUACAUAAUUAAUUAUCUUUAUAUGUUGUGGCAGCAUGACUUGUUUGGUUCUCACACAGG